CCCCUAGAAGUGAAGUGUUGCACUGGCCUUAAAACUCGGACCUUUCGGCUGUGAGUUCGGUUCAAAGUUUAAGUGCUCCAGCGACCAAUCACAAUAAUCUCCUCAUAUUAAGUCAGCUGGUCAGAUGUACAGGGUAAUGCACGAGACUUGAAUUCCCGCAGAGCUUUUUUUUUCUCUCUAACACAUUUUAGCACGACGUGAAAUAACGCUGGUUGGAGUUUUCGACCUUGUUGCUAACAACAGUUAGGAAAACUCGGCUUUUUACAGAAUUUUUUAUUUUAUUAACUUUAUAUACAUACAUUUAUAUAAAUUUGCAUCUGAAAACUGCGGCCAGCGGUGGAAAUGUGUGUCAAGUUUUUGUCAGUUGUGCGCGCGACCAGUGUCUUAUCCAAACCGCCGAGACUCCUGCACAGGACACGUAUUUUAUCACCGCAGCCCAGCUGUUCCAUUUAUGUAGAUACUCCUCCCAGUGUCCCGACCCUCACCACCAGCUAUGCCCAUGGGGUCACCUCAUUUUCCUUCCAGUCUCUCACCGUGGGCCGGAGCCUGCAGCUUAGAGUGGAACGCAACCCUGAUCGCGAAGCUGUAGUCUUCCUUCAGGAUGGCAUCAGGAAAACUUUUUCUGAGUUCCAAAAUGACGUGGAUCAGGCAGCUGCAGGACUGUUGGCUUUGGGACUGAAGAAGGGUGAUCGAUUAGGCAUGUGGGGACCCAACACAUAUGAGUGGAUUCUAAUGCAGUUUGCCACAGCAAAGGCUGGCAUCAUUUUGGUAUCAGUGAAUCCAGCUUAUCAGUUGCAGGAGUUGGAAUUUGCACUAAAAAAGGUGCAGUGCAAAGCAAUUGUUUGUCCAACUCAGUUUAAAACCCAGAGGUACUAUGACAUGUUGAGGCAGCUCUGCCCUGAUAUAGACACCACUUCCCCGGGAGGCUUAAAGAAUUCCAGGUUGCCAGAUUUAAGUACAGUAAUUGUAACGGACAGUAAGCAGCCUGGUGCUUUCCAAUGGAAUGAUCUGAUGCAGGCGGGAAGCAGCCAGCAUUACCAGGAGCUUGAAUAUUUGCAGAAAAAACUCAACUUUGAUGACCCUAUUAACAUCCAGUUUACAUCGGGAACCACUGGGAGUCCCAAAGGAGCUGCUUUGACGCACCACAAUAUUGUCAACAAUGCAUAUUUUAUCGGUUUACGUGUAGGAUAUGAUUGGAGGCGGAGGAUUAAAGUGUGUUUGCCAGUUCCGUUGUACCACUGUUUUGGCUCAGUGGGUGGGGGGAUGAUAAUGGCAGUACAUGGUGCCACACUGGUAUUUCCGUCUACUGCAUACGAUGGACGUGCCAACCUGGCAGCUAUGCAGAAUGAGAAAUGUACAUUUGUCUAUGGCACCCCUACAAUGUACAUAGACAUGCUGGGACAGCCUGACCUGGCCAAGUUUGACCUGUCCUCUGUUGAAGCUGGAGUUGUUGCUGGCUCUCCCUGUCCACCUGAAGUUUUGAGGAAAGUAAUCAAAAUCAUGGGCAUAAAGGAAGUGACGAUUGCAUAUGGUACCACCGAGAACAGUCCAGUGACCUUCUGUGGCUUCCCAGUUGACAACAUAGAAAGAAAGACAGAAACUGUUGGAUGUGUCGGUCACCACAUUGAGGCAAAAGUGGUUGAUCCUACAACAGGACACAUUGUUCCCCUUGAAUCUCCAGGAGAGCUUAUGAUCAGAGGUUACUGUGUCAUGCUGGAAUAUUGGCAAGAUGAAGCCAAAACCAGAGAGUGCAUCACUAAAGAUCGCUGGUACAAAACCGGUGAUAUUGCUAGUUUGGACAAGUUUGGCUACUGCAGGAUAGAGGGGCGUAUUAAAGACAUGAUUAUCCGUGGAGGAGAAAAUAUUUAUCCUGCUGAAAUCGAGCAGUUCCUGCACACACAUCCGAAAGUCCAUGAGGCACAGGUGAUUGGGGUAAAAGAUGAGAGGAUGGGUGAAGAGGUUUGUGCUUGCAUCAAACUGAAGGAUGGACAAGAAUGUACUGCAGAAGAGCUAAAGACCUAUUGCAAAGGCGAGAUUGCCCAUUUCAAGAUCCCCCGCUACGUUCUCUUUGUUAAGGGCUAUCCUCUAACCGUUUCAGGGAAAAUCCAGAAGAACAAACUGAGGGAGCAGACAGAGAAACAGCUGGGACUGUGAACUCAGAGACUUGUGGUAUUGUUUUUUAACAAAUGAAAUGUGAACAUAAACUUCCAUCAGUGCACCAGUUUAUAACCUUUUUUUAUUUAGAAAUUUUAUAUUUUUACAAUGUUAACCACAUAUAAGGCACAUUUAAGGUAUUCUGUGUGUAUAAUAUGCAUCAAGAAAAAAACAAUGAUGAAAUAUGAACACCACUACUCCUAUAUCAUGGCAUUAAAUCAAGUUUUAUCAGAAAACAUGUGAGUAACUAAAAUAAACAUGUUCCAUUAUUGUUGCAAAUAAUGAAACACAAACCUU